GGUAAAUCAUAUGCAAUGCAUCUGUCCCUUCAACAUCAACUUCCUCCCUAAAUAUCCACCAAUUAUUUAUCUGGAAUUCAAUAAAUGAGGAUUCUGCAAAAACAAACAAGCACUAAACUUGUUGCAAGAAAUAAAAGUGAAGCUUCGAUCAUUCAUGGCUGCAAAUUACGGAUCUUUGAGGCAGAGCUUCGUGGAGCGAGGCAAGGAGAGAUUGGUCUCAAGAAAGCAGAGAUCGGAGGUGGGAUUUGGCGAUUCAUACAUUGUCCGUGAGGGCUGUUUUCAUCGGAUUUUCCGAGUUUCGGGAGAGAGGAUUUCGAGGUUGUGGAAUAAUGUUAAGGGGGCUGUGGUUAAGCUACAUGGAAUGGGAAGAUCUGACCCCAGAAAAGUGGUGUUUGCUCUCAAAAUGGGGGCUUCUUUGUCUCUGGUUUCUGUUCUCAUCUUUUUCAAAGUGCCCUCCAAUUUUAUAAGCCAGAAUGCAGUCUGGGCUAUCCUCACUGUUGUUGUUGUCUUUGAGUUUAGCAUUGGGGCUACCUUAAGCAAAGGAUUGAAUCGUGCGUUAGGAACAUUCUCUGCUGGAGCAUUGGCUCUAGGCAUCGCAGAGUUAUCCGUGAAAGCUGGUGAAUUUCACGAAAUUAUUGUUUUGAUCAACAUUUUCAUUGCAGGCUUUCUUGCUAGUUAUUUCAAGCUGCACCCGGCAAUGAAGCAGUACGAGUAUGGCUUCCGCGUGUUCUUGUUGACAUUUUGUAUUGUGCUAGUAUCCGGAACUUCAAAUUUUUUUCAAACAGCUUUUUCUCGACUGCUGCUUAUCGCUGUUGGAGCUGGUAUUUGUUUGGUUGUAAAUGUAUGCGUGUAUCCCAUUUGGGCCGGGGAAGAUUUGCAUAAACUAGUUGUCAAAAAUUUCAAGGGCGUUGCUAGCUCUAUCGAAGGCUGUGUAAAUAUGUACCUGCAGAGCGUCGAAUACUCGAGGAUUCCCUCUAAAAUCUUGAUCUACCAGGCCUCAGAUGAUCCGUUGUACAAGGGAUAUAGGGCUGCAGUUGAGUCGACUAGCCAAGAGGAGACAUUGUUGGGGUUUGCAGUCUGGGAGCCGCCUCAUGGCCGGUACAAGAUGUAUAAAUAUCCGUGGAGCGAAUACGUGAAAGUGAGUGGUGCUCUGAGGCAUUGUGCAUUCAUGGUAAUGGCAAUGCAUGGAUGUAUACUGUCUGAAAUACAGGCAUCGUCCGAGUUGAGACAAGCAUUCAAGGAUGGGAUUCAGAAAGUUGGGACGGAGGGCACCAAGGUGUUGAGAUUGCUGGGAGACAAAGUUGAAAAGAUGGAGAAACUAUCACCAGGUGAUCCUCUCGAAAAGAUUCACGAUGCAGCAGAGGAUUUGCAGAUGAUGAUCGAUCAAAAAUCGUAUCUUUUGGUGAAUGCAGAGAACUGGGAUGGUGCAAAACCGCCCGAGAAAGCCAUGGAUCAAGAACUGCUUCAGGAGCUCAGAGACAAAGACAACGAAGAGAGGCAUGCGGUGAUCAACUCUCUAGGCGAUGGAGCUCAUUUGAGAUCCUAUCAGACGAUAAGGAACCAAGAGCCCCAUCUCGCUAGCAUGAGCAUGACUCACUCCUUUUCGCAGGACGGGUCCGGAGAGGACUUGCUCAGGCAGCAGUCUAUGUGGCCAUCGCGUAUUUCAGUUUUGGGCGAGACCUACUUGAAUGAGCGUGAAGUAAGGACGUAUGAGAGUGCAAGCGCGCUCUCCCUUGCAACUUUCACGUCUCUCUUGAUAGAGUUUGUAGCUAGGCUGCAGAAUCUGGUGAACUCGUUUGAGGAGCUUUCUGAGAAGGCUAAGUUCAAGGAGCCUGUUGAUUCAGCUGAGAAAAAGGAGGAUGUUGGAUUCUGGUCUCGCACGCUCAAGUUCGUGUGCUGCAAAGAUUGAUGCAAGGUUAUAAUAAAUUCGUAAAGUCGUUUCUUUGCAAUAACACGAUGCAUCAGACAUGAUCAUAGGCCAAAUACAAGCAGCAGAAGGUCUGGUUUUUUGGUGUUACAGAAUAACAUGAUGUGAAUAUUAGGAAGAAUCUGUUUUUUAGCCUAAAGCUAGCAAAUCUCUAAGAAACACAUAAAUUUUUAGUCCUAUGUUUGUCACUUGGAAAGCAUUUAUUCUUUUAUUUCUUGAAAAACUAUGUAGCUGUUUGUCUAAAACAUGUACUAUAAUCUACUGGUUUCUUACAUACUCUA